AUGCUUGCUCGUGUGAAGCCAGUAUCAUUGUCUCUGUCCAUUUUCAGAACCCUAUCUACCUCAUCCAUGUCUGCUGCCGCGGGGAAGUCCGCUGAAUCGGGUCCGAUCGAGCUAUGCAUUCGUUCCAAAAUUCAAGAUGCCCUCAAGCCGGUGUUUCUUGACAUGGCCAACGAUUCCUGGAAACACGCUCACCAUGCUGGUAUCCGUGGAGCCACUAACGUGACAGAGUCACACUUCAACGUUACCAUCGUCUCUGAUGAGUUCGAAGGGAAGAACCUCCCCGCAAGACACAGACUAGUUUACAAGUUGCUAGAAGAGGAGCUGAACGAGAAGGGAGUUCAUGCCCUCCAAUUGAAGACCAAGACGCCGAGGGAAUGGGAGAAGGCAUAG